AUGCUCUUUGCUAAUAAACAUGGGGAACAAGAAAAAGAUGAGGAGAUCAAUGAACUCAAGAAAGAAGUCAAGAUCAAUGAACACACAAUUCCCCUCGAAGAACUCCUCGCGAGAUACCAAAGCAAUGUUGACACGGGAUUGACCAGAGCGAAAGCCGCUGAAUAUCUGGCUCGUGAUGGACCCAAUGCUCUCUCGCCACCAAAAACCACUCCGGAAUGGAUUAAAUUCUGCAAAAACUUGUUCGGAGGAUUCGCCUUGUUGCUCUGGGUGGGAGCCGUGCUUUGCUACAUUGCUUACUCAGUCGACUACUUCACCAUGGAGUACCCAUCAAAGGACAAUCUCUACCUUGGAAUCGUGUUGAUGAGUGUCGUCAUUGUCACCGGAUGCUUCCAAUACUAUCAAGAAAGCAAAUCAAGCAAAAUCAUGGACUCGUUCAAGAACAUGGUCCCCCAAUACGCGCAAGUCAUUCGUGAUGGCAGCAAGCAUCAAAUUCGAGCCGAAGAAAUCGUCAUUGGAGAUAUCGUCGAAGUGAAAGGCGGUGAUCGUGUCCCAGCUGAUAUCCGUGUCAUCUCGUCUUUCGGAUUCAAGGUGGACAACUCAUCUUUGACCGGAGAGUCCGAACCCCAAACCCGAUCCCCUGACUGCACCAACGAGAAUCCCCUUGAGACCAGAAACAUCGCUUUCUUCUCGACCAAUGCCGUUGAAGGAACUUGCAAGGGAGUUGUCAUCUACACCGGAGAUCGAACUGUGAUGGGACAAAUCGCUCACUUGGCUUCAGGAUUGGACGCUGGAAUGACUCCAAUUGCCCGCGAGAUCGAGCACUUCAUCCAUUUGAUCACCGGAGUCGCCGUCUUCCUUGGAGUCACUUUCUUCAUCAUUGCCUUCGUUCUCGGAUAUCACUGGCUUACCGCCGUUGUCUUCCUCAUCGGUAUCAUUGUCGCCAACGUGCCCGAAGGUCUCAUCGCCACCGUCACUGUGUGUCUCACCUUGACCGCCAAGCGAAUGGCCUCAAAGAACUGCCUUGUGAAGAACUUGGAAGCUGUGGAGACUCUUGGAUCGACCUCGACCAUCUGCUCUGAUAAGACCGGAACCCUCACACAAAACCGAAUGACUGUCGCCCACAUGUGGUAUGACCAAAAGAUCUACGAGUGCGAUACAACCGAGAAUCAAUCAGGAACUCAAAAGAAGAACACCGGACCCACUGCUGAUGCUCUUAUUCGUUGCGCCGCCCUCUGCUCACGUGCCGAGUUCAGACAAGGACAGGUUGAUAUCCCCGUGUUGCGUCGUGAGUGCUCAGGAGACGCCUCCGAGAUAGCUAUUCUCAAGUUCUGUGAGCUCACACUUGGCGGCGUUGUUCCAUACAGAGAGAAAGCAACCAAGAUUGCUGAGAUUCCUUUCAACUCCACCAACAAAUAUCAGGUGUCAAUUCACGAUCCGAUCAACAGCGACAAAUAUCUUCUUGUGAUGAAGGGAGCCCCCAGAAAGAAUCCUCGAUGUCUGCUCGACAAUUCUCCUCAACGGACAGGAAGUCGAGCU